AUGAGGGCCGGCCCGAGGCGGCGGCUGCUGCUGCUGCUGCUGCUGCUCCUCCUGCCCGUCUGGGGCUCGGCGGCGGCACACAAUGGGGAUCUUACAGUUAGACCCACAUGCAAGCCUGGCUUCUCAGAACAAGACUACACAGCGUUCAUCUCCCAGAACAUCAUGGAAGGGCAGAAGUUACUCAAAGUAAAAUUUAAUAACUGUGCCGGUAACAAGGGCGUGCGGUACGAAACCAACAGCCUGGACUUCAAGGUGAGGGCAGACGGGACCCUGUAUGCUGCCCACCACCUGCAGGUGCCCUCCAAGCAGCUGAUCCUGGUGGUGACUGCCUGGGACCCCCAGACCCUGGCCAGAUGGGAGGCCAUGGUCAGGUUCCUGGUGGCAGACAAGUCCCAGCACAACGGGCACAAGCCCAAAGGAAGGAAGGCAGUGCCUGGAGAGCUGGUGCAGCAGCAGAGUGACACCCUGCUGCCAUGGCGGCAGCACCAGAGCAACAACGGGCUGCGGCGGCAGAAACGGGACUGGGUCAUCCCACCCAUCAACGUGCCAGAAAACUCCAGAGGGCCCUUCCCACAGCAGCUGGUCCGGAUCCGUUCCGAUAAGGACAAAGAGAUCCAUAUCAGAUACAGCAUCACUGGAGUGGGAGCCGACCAGCCGCCCAUGGAGGUGUUCAACAUUGACCCUGUGUCUGGCAGGAUGUACGUGACACGCCCGAUGGACAGGGAGGAAAGAGCUUCCUACCAUCUCCGGGCUCACGCGGUGGAUAUGAAUGGAAACAAGGUGGAGAAUCCAAUUGACCUUUACAUCUAUGUGAUUGAUAUGAACGACAACAGGCCGGAGUUCAUCAACCAAGUCUAUAAUGGAUCUGUUGAUGAAGGCUCUAAACCAGGGACCUACGUGAUGACGGUGACGGCGAACGACGCGGACGACGGCACCACGGCCAACGGGAUGGUGAGGUACAGGAUCGUCACCCAGACCCCACAGAGCCCCUCACAAAACAUGUUCACUAUUAACAGCGAGACAGGGGACAUUGUCACCGUGGCUGCUGGGCUCGACAGGGAGAAAGUUCAGCAGUAUAUAGUCAUUGUUCAAGCAACAGAUAUGGAAGGAAAUCUAAACUAUGGUCUCUCAAACACAGCCACAGCGAUCAUCACAGUGACAGAUGUGAAUGACAACCCCCCUGAGUUCACCACCAGCACUUACUCGGGAGAAGUGCCUGAGAACAGAGUGGAGGUUGUGGUGGCAAACCUGACGGUGAUGGACCGGGACCAGCCCCACUCUCCCAACUGGAAUGCCAUCUACCGCAUCAUCAGCGGGGACCCCUCGGGCCACUUCACCAUCCGCACUGACCCCGUCACCAACGAGGGCAUGGUCACCGUGGUCAAGGCAGUCGAUUACGAGAUGAACAGAGCUUUCAUGCUGACAGUGAUGGUAUCAAACCAAGCUCCCCUGGCCAGUGGCAUCCAGAUGUCCUUCCAGUCAACAGCUGGAGUCACCAUUUCAGUCACAGACGUCAACGAAGCACCCUAUUUCCCAACAAACCACAAGUUAAUCAGGCUGGAGGAAGGGGUGCCCACGGGGACGGUCCUGACGACGUUUUCGGCGGUGGAUCCCGAUCGCUUCAUGCAGCAGGCAGUAAGAUACUCUAAGCUGUCAGAUCCUGCAAACUGGCUGAACAUUAAUGCCACAAAUGGUCAGAUCACUACUGCUGCUGUCCUUGAUCGAGAGUCAGACUACAUUAAGAAUAAUGUCUACGAGGCCACAUUCUUGGCGGCUGACAACGGAAUUCCCCCUGCCAGUGGCACCGGCACUCUGCAGAUCUACCUGAUCGACAUCAACGACAACGCCCCGGAGCUGCUGCCAAAGGAGGCACAGAUCUGUGAGAAGCCAAACCUGAAUGUCAUCAACAUCACGGCCGCGGACGCUGACAUCGAUCCAAACGUGGGGCCCUUCGUCUUCGAGCUGCCAAGUGUGCCAUCUGCAGUGAGGAAGAACUGGACCAUCACACGGCUCAAUGGGGACUAUGCCCAGCUCAGUUUGAGGAUCAUGUACCUGGAAGCAGGAGUGUACGAUGUGCCCAUCAUUGUGACAGACUCGGGAAACCCCCCCUUGUACAACACCUCUGUCAUCAAGGUGAAGGUGUGCCCGUGUGACGAGAACGGUGACUGCACCACCAUCGGGGCCGUGGCUGCUGCAGGGCUGGGCACAGGGGCCAUCAUUGCCAUCCUGAUCUGCAUCAUUAUCUUACUGACCAUGGUUCUGCUCUUCGUGGUGUGGAUGAAGCGCCGGGAGAAGGAGCGCCACACCAAGCAGCUCCUCAUCGACCCCGAGGACGACGUCAGGGACAACAUCCUCAAGUACGACGAGGAGGGAGGUGGAGAGGAGGAUCAGGAUUACGAUUUAAGCCAGCUCCAGCAGCCAGAGACCAUGGAUCACGUGCUGAACAAGACACCUGGAGUCAGAAGAGUGGAUGAAAGACCUAUUGGUGCUGAACCACAGUAUCCUAUAAGACCAGUAAUCCCACAUCCAGGGGAUAUUGGUGAUUUUAUUAAUGAGGGCCUGCGUGCAGCAGACAACGACCCCACAGCCCCCCCCUACGAUUCCCUGCUGGUCUUUGACUACGAGGGCAGUGGCUCCACCGCAGGCUCCGUCAGCUCCCUCAACUCCUCCAGCUCUGGGGACCAGGACUACGACUACCUGAACGACUGGGGGCCCAGGUUCAAGAAACUGGCGGACAUGUAUGGGGGAGGAGAGGAAGAUUAAACUGACCUCAUCUUAUUAAAAAAAAAAAAAAAAUAAAAAAUUUAAAAAGAAGAAGAAGGAAUUUAGGAGGAGGAAAAAAAAAAAAAAACAACAAACAACCCACAGACAGCGUUAACAAAAAGAGCCGAUGCAGGAGCAAGAACUGUACAGAUGUGGCAGCUUUUUUAAUUAAUAUCCCCUGCUGACUGUAUUGUUAUUUUUAGUGGUGAUAUAGGAGGUUUGGUUUUUUUCUUUUUUUUCUUUGUAUUUUUUUUUCCUAGAAUAUUGAGCUGUCUCGCAUGAACACUUGUCUCUGCUUCAGGUUUCUUUGUGUUUUUUUUUUUUUUGUUUUGUUUUUUUAAUGUCAGCUGGGAUAUUGCUCGUUUACCUGCUUUAUGACUAAAGAGAGUGAAAGGCACUCUGUCUUAACUUGAAUUUCUUAGAACAGAAGCACUGUUUUUAAAAUAUAUAUAUAUAUAUAUAUAUUUGAAAGUGCCUUUUGGUGCAUGUGUCAGAUUCCCUUCAAUCUCAGGAGUGAUGAAAACAAACAUACAACCAUCCUGGGCAGCACUCCCUGUGACCCUAAGCCAGUUCUAGCUGGGAAGGAGUUAACAAAAAGGAACUGUGGAGAUUGUUUCUUUUUUGCCUUGUUUUGUUUUGUUUUGUUUUAUUGGGUUUUUUUUUUAAGGGGGUGACUCAUUCUGGGGUGGAAGAGGAUGGGGGGUGGGCAGGGGGGAGAUGUUUUGAGUCAAAAUCUUAACAGCCAUCUUUAAGCCUCAGCAGGUGGUGAACUAGUCAUCAUGUUGUAUAUAAUUCAGUGUUAUCAGAUGCAAAAUCCUGACCAGAGGGCUCUGCUGGCCCCUGGUCACACUCAAUGUAGCUGCAUAGAACUAUAGCAUUGAUAAAGCCUUUGGUUAUUGCAACAGAAAUCUCCGACAGCCCUUGCCUAAGCCCUACAAAGUAAAUUGUGACAUGACCAAAGGCCCAUCUGUUUGUUUUUCUGCUGUCGCCGUGUUUUGGCUCCCACGACCUCGUGAGUGAUGGACACACCGGCGGGGUGAGGAGGUGCUGCUGCUG